AUGUCCACCAAACCCGACCAGUCCUUCACGGCCCAGGACAGUCGCGCCUAUUCAGCCCUUAGAAACUUUGUCCGGGGGGAAGUAUGGGUAAAGAUAUACCGGGCCAUCUCCGAGGACCCUACAUCGGAUACAGCGCUUCUCGAAGGGCAUCUCGACGACGACUCGAGGUUCGAUGAAUAUCUCAGACAAUACUUCGCAGAGAAGAAGGAAGACUUGAAGAAACAUCUGAAUAUCCCUGCUUCCGACUCCACUUUCAAGAAACGCUGCUCGCAAAUCGCGGAGAACCUGUUCAGUGCCGCGAUAGGCGCAACCCCAAGGGUCAAGGUGACCUUUUCCACCGCCACCAAGACCAUAAUGGACGACUUGAACUUGGGAGUAUACUGUGCUGGACCUUUGACGGAAUCCCGUAUUGCAGAAUUCAUCAAGCUUGUGGACAAGGUGCACUCUUGUGGUUUGGACAAACACAUCGAUGACCUUUUGCGAGCGGAGGGUGGCAAUCUGGACCCUGAGCGGCGCCGUUUGAAGAGAACAGUGAGCGGGAGUAAUGAAGCUGAAUGCCGAAUGUUGAUAGACCUUACUCUGGACCGUGCGGUCGCGUUAUCUAACGGGAUAACCGGUAAAUAUGAGUGCAUCAGAGUGGAGGUUGCCUUGGCAGAGACCCCACGGUCGUCAGAGAACGCGACAGGCAUUGGAGGCCCUGUAGAUGUUACCUCGCGUGACGGCAAGAUCUACUCCUUCACUGGCAUUGUCGACUACAUCGUUACACUGUCAUCAGAUGACCUCCGAGUCCUUGACCUACCGGCGAAGUUGGUUAGCAUUGCGGCUGCGGAUGAGCUUCAGAUGGCCAUUCUUGAAGCGAAACACGAGAUGACUGAGGAAGAGCUCAUGCGUCACCUUCCUCAGUUGGUAACGCAAGCGAUUGUCACGAUUAAGGUUCUACGAUGGAACGCGCUGGCGUGCAUCCUUUCGGACGGUUUUCAAUACAUCUUCGCGGUCAUGGAGCGUGUAGACGCAACGUCCGACAAAUACAUCUUGUACCACUACAAGAGUUUCCAAUUCAUCGACAACCAUGUACCGGGCUUGGAGAAGGCAAAACUCCUUUUGGCGAUGAUUACGAGCUGGGGAGUGCUGAAUCCAGAGCUUGACAUCCGGCCAAAGGUCAAGAAUCACGCCGAUUCGUUUGUUUCCGGCAUUUGA